UUUAAGUUAUUAAGGAACUCAAAAACUGUCCCAUUUGAGUGUUAAAUACAUAAACAACUUUUCAUAAACAUAUUUUAGUUGGGAACAUUUCAGUCAUCUCUCGUUGUGCAUGAAGACACUUUCACCUUUCAGGCCAAACUCCUCAAGAGAGAUGACAGACUUUGGCCACUAGAUGUCAGCACUCACUUCACACUGAUUGUCCUCGUGCUCCCGUGACGUCUCUUUCCUGCUGCUGUUGGUUGGAUACGGACUUUUGCUGCCUUCAAGUACUUUACGAAAAUGUCGUGCGUCUGAUAUACAGCCCAUUUUGGGUAUACCUUAGAUGAAAGUAAGAGGAAAUAGACGACAAAAUAAAAUUAAUGCUAUUUGUCUUUCCAAUACGUCCGCAUACAUACUUUUCGUCACAGCAGGUUGAAGUGGAUUUAUUUUUUUCUAUGUUUCACUCGUCCAAAAUGAAGUCAAGUAAGAUCGGCGGAUUUCCGACGAACCCUGAAGGCAGCGCUACACAUGCUAUCAUCACAGUGCGUGUGUCGCUGCCGCUGCUAGCUUGUCCACAACAUGGGGGAACCAAGUGACAGCGUGCUGGGGACACGUAACGCGUUAGCCCGCUGAAUUGAGAGCAAACCACGAGUUGCAUACGUUUCUCUUCAUAUUUGUUUGGGGCGAAGCUGCCAAAAUGGUGAAGGAGCAGUUCAGAGAGACGGAUGUGGCCAAGAAAAUAAGCCACAUCUGCUUUGGGAUGAAGUCCGCUGAGCAGAUGCGCCAGCAGGCUCACAUCCAGGUGGUCAGUAAAAACCUGUACAGCCAAGACACCAAACGCACUCCACUGCCCUACGGAGUGCUGGACCACCGUAUGGGUACCAGUGAGAAAGACCGACCAUGUCUGACUUGCGGGAAGAAUCUGGCGGAUUGUUUGGGACAUUAUGGCUACCUGGAUCUGGAGCUGCCAUGUUUUCAUGUUGGAUAUUUCAAAGCCAUCAUAGGAAUCUUACAGAUGAUUUGCAAGACAUGUUCGAGCAUAAUGUUGACGAAAGAGGAGAAACUGCAGUUCACUGAUCAUUUGAAACGGCCGAACCUGGCCUAUCUCCAGAAACGAGGCCUGAAGAAGAAGAUCUCCGAUAAAUGCCGCAAAAGAACAAUCUGUCUGAACUGUAGCGCUUUUAAUGGACCUGUGAAAAAGUGUGGCCUGCUCAAAAUCAUCCAUGAGAAGUAUAAAACAACCAAGAAGGUGGUGGAUCCUUUUGUGUCAGAAUUCCUGCAGUCCUUUGAUAUCGCCAUUGAGCACAACAAAGUGAUGGAGCCCCUGCUGACCAGAGCUCAGGAAAACCUGAACCCUCUGGUGGUGCAAAACCUGUUCAAGAGGAUUCCCCAAGAAGACAUUCACCUGCUCUUGAUGAAUCCAGAUUCAGGGAAACCUGCGGACCUCAUCCUCACCCGCCUCCUGGUGCCUCCUCUCUGCAUACGACCCUCUGUGGUCAGUGACCUGAAGUCGGGGACCAACGAGGAUGACCUCACCAUGAAGCUCACGGAGAUAAUCUUCCUCAACGAUGUCAUCAAAAAGCAUCGAAUGACGGGGGCUAAGACUCAGAUGAUCAUGGAGGACUGGGAUUUCCUCCAGCUGCAGUGUGCACUUUACAUCAACAGCGAGCUUUCUGGCAUCCCCCUCAACAUGGCACCUAAGAAAUGGACCAGAGGCUUUGUGCAGAGACUCAAGGGGAAGCAAGGUCGAUUCAGAGGAAACCUCUCUGGGAAAAGAGUUGACUUCUCUGGCAGAACUGUCAUUUCUCCUGACCCAAAUCUGAGGAUUGAUGAAGUGGCUGUUCCAGUACACGUGGCCAAAAUCCUGACGUAUCCAGAGAAGGUGAACAAAGCCAAUCUGGAGCUAUUGAGAAAACUUGUUCGCAAUGGUCCUGAAGUCCACCCUGGAGCCAACUUCAUCCAGAAUCGUUCCACACAGAUGAAAAGGUUUUUGAAAUACGGAAAUCGUGACAAAAUUGCCCAGGAGCUGAGGUUUGGCGAUGUGGUUGAAAGGCACUUAAUUGAUGGAGACAUUGUCCUCUUCAAUCGACAGCCCUCUUUGCACAAACUCAGCAUCAUGGCCCACAUUGCCAGAGUAAAACCUCACAGGACGUUUCGGUUCAACGAGUGCGUGUGCACCCCGUACAACGCCGACUUUGACGGUGACGAAAUGAACCUCCAUCUACCCCAGACUGAGGAAGCCAAAGCUGAGGCACUGGUCCUGAUGGGGACAAAAGCUAAUCUCGUUACUCCAAGAAACGGCGAGCCUCUGAUUGCUGCUAUUCAGGACUUUCUGACAGGUGCCUACCUCUUGACGCUCAAGGACACCUUCUUUGACAAAUCAAAGGCCUGUCAGAUCGUGGCGUCGAUCCUGGUGGGCAAAGACGAAAAAGUCAGGGUCUCACUCCCGCACCCGGCCAUAAUAAAGCCAAUGGCUCUGUGGACAGGCAAACAGAUCUUCAGCCUCAUUCUAAAGCCAAGUAAGGAUUGUCCAGUCAAGGCCAACCUGCGGACCAAGGGCAAACAGUACUGUGGCAAGGGAGAGGAUCUUUGUCACAAUGACUCAUUCGUGGUGAUCCACAACAGUGAGCUGAUGUGUGGCACCAUGGACAAAGGCACCUUGGGAUCCGGCUCCAAGAACAACAUCUUCUAUAUUCUGCUGAGAGACUGGGGACAACUGGAGGCUGCCAAUGCCAUGUCUCGUCUGGCAAGACUCGCUCCGGUGUAUCUCUCCAACCGGGGCUUUUCUAUUGGAAUUGGUGACGUGACACCGGGCCAGGGUCUGCUGAAUGCCAAACGGGACCUGCUGGAUGACGGUUACAAGAAGUGUGACGAAUAUAUUGAAGCUUUGAAGACGGGCAAGUUGCAGCAGCAGCCGGGCUGCACGGCAGAGGAGACGCUGGAGGCGCUCAUUUUGAGAGAGCUGUCCGUCAUCAGAGACCGAGCUGGCAGCGCCUGCCUCAGGGAGCUCGACAAGAGCAACAGCCCUCUGAUCAUGGCUCUUUGUGGCUCGAAAGGAUCCUUCAUUAAUAUCUCUCAGAUGAUCGCCUGUGUGGGACAGCAGGCAAUAAGUGGCUCUCGGGUACCUGAUGGUUUUGAGAAUCGCUCCCUGCCUCAUUUUGAAAAGCACUCAAAGUUGCCUGCUGCUAAAGGCUUUGUGGCUGACAGCUUCUAUUCUGGCCUGACACCGACCGAAUUCUUCUUCCACACUAUGGCUGGUCGAGAGGGUCUGGUGGACACAGCUGUGAAAACUGCAGAGACGGGAUACAUGCAGAGGCGACUGGUGAAAUCCCUGGAGGAUUUGUGUUCGCAGUACGACCUGACAGUGCGCAGCUCCACCGGCGACAUCAUCCAGUUUAUUUAUGGCGGUGAUGGUCUGGACCCCGCUGCAAUGGAGGGAAAGGAUGAGCCGCUGGAGUUUAAGAGGGUCCUGGACAACAUCCGUGCGGUCUACUCGUGUCCAGAUGAGCCUGCACUCAGUCAAAAUGAGCUGGUCCUCACCGCCGAUGCCGUCAUGAAGAGAGCUGACUUCUUGUGCUGCAGAGACAGCUUCUUGGAGGAGAUAAGGAAAUUCAUUAAGAGCAUCUCAGAAAGGAUCAAGAAGACCAGAGACAAGUACGGCAUCAACGACAACGGCACCAGCGAGCCAAAAGUUCUGUAUCAGCUGGACCGCAUUACCCCCACUCAGCUGGAGAAGUUCCUUGAAACCUGCAGAGAAAAAUACAUGAGAGCCCAGAUGGAGCCGGGGUCGGCGGUAGGCGCCCUGUGUGCCCAGAGCAUUGGAGAGCCUGGGACUCAGAUGACCCUGAAAACCUUCCACUUCGCUGGCGUAGCAUCCAUGAAUAUCACUCUGGGGGUGCCACGCAUCAAAGAGAUCAUCAAUGCCUCAAAAAACAUCAGCACUCCUAUAAUCACGGCUCAUUUGGAUGUGGAAGAUGAUGCGGACUUUGGCAGACUAGUGAAGGGGAGGAUCGAGAAGACUCUUCUGGGAGAGAUUUCUGAGUACAUUGAAGAGGUUUUUCUGCCAGAUGACUGUUUCAUCCUGGUCAAAUUGUCACUGGAGAGAAUAAGGCUGCUGCGACUGGAGGUAAAUGCAGAAACGGUGCGUUACUCUAUCUGCAUGUCUAAGCUGCGAGUGAAACCAGCAGACAUCGCUGUGCACGGCGAAGCAGUGGUGUGUGUUUCCCCACGAGAGAACAGCAAAAGCUCCAUGUACUAUGUGCUGCAGUCAUUAAAAGAGGAGCUUCCUAAGGUGGUGGUCCAAGGAAUACCACAGGUCUCCCGAGCUGUCAUCCACAUCGACGAACAGACCGGCAAGAACAAGUACAAACUCCUGGUGGAGGGGGACAACCUGAGGGCUGUCAUGGCAACACAUGGAGUGAAUGGAAGCAGGACCACUUCAAACAAUACAUACGAGGUCGAGAAGACCUUGGGUAUUGAGGCUGCUCGAUCAACAAUCAUCAACGAGAUUCAGUACACCAUGGUGAACCAUGGAAUGAGCAUCGACCGGCGUCACGUCAUGCUUCUUGCAGAUCUCAUGUCCUAUAAGGGGGAGAUACUGGGAAUCACCAGGUUCGGUUUGGCCAAAAUGAAGGAGAGCGUUCUCAUGCUGGCCUCCUUCGAGAAAACAGCCGAUCAUCUCUUCGAUGCGGCCUACUUCGGACAAAAGGACUCUGUUUGUGGUGUGUCUGAGUGCAUCAUCAUGGGGAUUCCAAUGAAUAUCGGAACAGGACUGUUUAAGCUCCUACACAAGGCCGACAAGGAACCGUCUCCUGUCAAAAGGCCUCUCCUCUUUGACAGUGCAGACUUCCAUAUACCUCUUAUCACAUAGCAUCGAGGAAAGAAACCACAGGGAUGUUUGAAGUGUUUCUUUCUUUCUUUUUUUCCAGAGCCUGUACACAGAUUAUUACAAGAUUAACUUCUUGGAGCAAAUAGAGAAGUUCCUGCCAUGUCAGUGUCAGAUGUCCUUUUUUGGGGCUUAACAGAAAAACGGGUGUCCUCUUUCAAUCCGUGCCAUUUUUGUUGACUGGGAUAAUGCUGCAUUUCAUUUGACAAAGAACAUUUUUUUCUGCACGUGAGGUAGAAGAAUGGCUUAUUGUUUCAAUUUAAAUCCGAAGUACACAGAAAACUAAAGAUGCUUUAAACACUUUUUUCCUUUCUGCUUUUCUGCCCUUUUACACAUUUCUAAAACCUUUUGUCACCUCCGUUAUUCUGUUGUUACAAUAAUAAUGAUCUCAUUGCAAUGUCACUGAACAGUGUGAACAGAAAAGAAUUUGUUUUCAUAUAAACAUCAAUAUACAUCAA